AUGGAGAAUCGUCUAGUAAGAUGGGAGGAGUUAGACAUGGACUGUUUGGCAACUGUUUUUGAAAAGGUUGGUAUGGAGUCACUGCUCCUGAAUAUCCCUUUUGUGUGCAAGUCAUGGUACAAAGCGAGUCUCAGUCCUUGCUGCUGGCUAAGUCUCGACUUCGCGGAAAUUUUACCCAAGUACUACUAUACUUGGAUGGAAAACGACAGUUGCUUUGUGAAAAGAUUUUUAGAUGAAUAUAGAUUCGAUAAGAUGCGUUUCAGUGUCGCCGGAUUUAUGAAGCUCGUCAUCCAUCGUAGCAAAGGGCGUGCUACUUUUCUCAGGCUACCUGGAUGCUGUACCCUCGAAGAAUUCAAAUAUGUUGCAGAUGUGUGUCCUGGCCUCAAGGCUUUGUCUUUGCCUAGUGAACUAGUGUUUCCGCAACGUAGCAUGAUUAUAGAACUGAUUGAAAAGUGGGAAAAUUUGGAGUCAUUGUCAUUGAAAAGUCGCAUAAAUAUUGCUGAACUCCUUUCACCAAUCAGCCUUCACUGCAAGAACUUUCGUCGUUUAGAUAUACAUGGUGCUUCAGUAGGUGAAGAUGCGGCGUUGUCGAUCGUCAAAUUGGUGCCUAAUAUUGAGCACUUAAGCUUGAGACGGGCAAGAAUUCCUCGGGGCAGUCUUAUAACAAUCUUACGGGGCUGUAAGAAGCUUGUGUGUUUGGAUGUUAGCGGUUGUAUAGGUUUUGAUGAGGAAGACGAGGAAAUAUCAAAGCUUGCUUCUCAUAUUACUAGUUUCAGCUGUCUGGGUUCUAGACCUAGACUCUACUAUGAUUCUGAUUCUGAUUCCGAUGAUUAUUAUGAUUCUGAUGAUUCUGAUGAUGAUUAUGAAGAUGAUGAGUAUGCUGGCUCUGAUGGUUUGGUUCAGCCACUCUCUCGGAGCAAGCAAGACCCAAGAAUUCCCGAUCCUUUUGCUUUUCAUUGCCUUUAUCUUACAUUUAAGAUGGAGAAUGAACGAAGAUGGGAGGACUUAAAUGUGGACUGUUUGGUGAAUGUUUUUGGAAGAGUAGGGAUGCAGUCACUACUCUUGGAUGUUCCCUUUGUGUGCAAGUCAUGGUACACAGCAUCCCUGAGUCCUUCAUGCUGGGAAUGUCUCAUUUUUCCUGGUGGUUUUGAUGGCUUUGACCUUCCAACUCUCGAUCUUUGGAGUUCUGAGGGUGAACUUGGAACCUUUAUGGAUAGGUUUCGAUGUAUAUAUCGAAUUGAUGAGGAUCGUUUCUCUGUCACUGCAUUUCUAAAGGUGGUUGUCAAUCGUAGCAGAGGGCAAGCUACUGUUGUCAGGCUACCUGGAUUUUGUUCCUUGGAAGCAAUGAAAUAUGUUGCAGAUGUGUGUCCUCGCCUGAAGGCUCUGUACGUUGACAAAAUGAUUGCUGAACUAAUUGGAAAGUGGAAAGAUUUGGAGGAAUUGUUCUUGGGGAGCAGCAUUGGUAUUGAGAAAACUCUGUCAGAUAUCAGCAUUCACUGCAAGAAAUUUUGGCGUUUACAUGUGGGUAAUGCCUAUAUAUGUAAUGAUGAGGCAUUGGCAAUUGUCAAGUCGGUGCCUAAUAUUAAGCACUUGAGCUUGAGGCGGGCAGACAUUGAACGGGAUAAUCUUGUCACAAUACUACAGGGCUGCAAGGAACUUGUGGCUUUGGAUGUCAGUGAUUGUAGAGGUUUUGACGAGGGCGAUGAUGAAAUAUAUAAGCUUGCUUCUCAUAUUACUAAUUUCAGGUGUGAGGGUUCCUCUUCUAAAUAUUCUUCUGAUUCCGAUGAUAACCUUGAUCGAAAUCCUGUCUAUUUUUUUGGAUAUGAAUCUGAUUAA